AUGCGUUCGUUAAAUUCAAAAACUGAUAACGAUGAAAAAGCACAAACCGAAUUUUCAACAGGUCAAGAUAGAAUGAACUCGGAGGAAUAUUCAACAUCUUAUGACGACAUUAUCGUGAAACCUUAUAUUGGCUUACGUGCAAAACUAUCUACUGCAUGGAUUGCAUAUCCAAUUAUUUCUUUAUUUUUUAUCGCUUUCCGUCUUUUAUCAGCGAUGAGUUCUAUUAAUCCACUUGUAGAUGAUAUUAAACAAACUGCAUUGAGGACAUGUGAUGCGUUAGAAGUUGCAACAUCUACGAUGACUUCUUUACCACACUAUAUGGCCGGUGGAUUUAAUCGAGCAACCGUUGAAGGUGUUAAUUUAACAAUACAGGGUGCCGCACGAAUAUUGGACCUUGCCAUCUUAGCGUUAGAGGGUAUAAUUAUAUGGAUAAUCGAUACCUUUCGCGAUACUUAUCGAUGUUUAUUGGUAUUCGCUAUUCGUGGCUCUAUCGCGGCAGUUACUGAUGCGGUCAAUAUAUUGGCACAAUUCACUAAUGGAAAAUUGCAUGAUUUGAAAAGUGAACUUGAUCAACAAGUUUCGUCGGCGAAUUCUGCUCUUGAUAAUGUGCGAAAAGCUAUUCAGGGUGUUGGGUCCUUGGCAAAUAUUAAUGUUAACGUGCCAACAAUUUCAAUUCCGGCUGAAAAUGAUUUGUCGAAUUUCGCUUUUCCAUCAGAUCUCGGACAAGGAUUAGAUAAACUUAAUACUAGUCUUCCAACUAUGGAUGAUAUUGAGCAGAAACUUAAUGAUUUGGUAUCACUUCCUUUCAAUGAUCUUCGAACGGUGAUAAAAAAUUCCAUGUCUAAUAUAAACUUCAAUGACUCUGUGUUGCCUGUCCCACAACCCAAUAAAGUCACUUUUUGCGCGAAUAAUCUCGAUCUCACCAUCAUCGAUAAUAUAGCUCAUGAUCUUAUCAAGGCAGCAUAUAUUGGAUUAAUCAUUUUGUUGAUAAUUGGCUUGCUUCUGAUCGCCGCUAAUGCAGUUUAUAUUUGGUUUUCGCAUCGUCGAUUUAUGAUUCAUGUAGACCGCGUGACGACUACUAUUAGUCUAAUUACCAUUACUCACACUCGUCAUUCCACUAUCGAAUUGAUAAAGAUCGCCGAACAUCCGUUAUUAUCUCGUUGGCUUAUUAAAACUUCGAGACUCUUUAAAAAUAAAAAUCAUCAACAUUUGUAUCGUUGGUUCUGGGAUUACAUACUACAACGGACGGCAAUUGUAUGUCUAUUGAUUGGGAUAAUUGGCGUCUUAGGCAUCUAUCUUCAAAUUGCAUUACUCGACGGCGUGCGAAAUCAUUAUCGGAAACCGCUUGAGGAAACCUUUAAUACAUUCGGUAAUGCUGUGAUGAACUUAAUGAAUUCUGAACUUAAUACGACCUCAAAAGCUUUUGCGAGUGGUAGUAAUAAUGCGAUUUCUGGUGUAGAAAAUGAUAUUAAUCGAAAUUUAUUGGGUUGGGUGAAUACCACUACGACUACUUUGAAUUCCACGCUUAAUACUGCAGUUGAUGACUUGACAUCUUUUAUCACAAACACUUUCAACGGAGCUCCCGUAUUGUUGACAGUCGCACAACAAUUAGUCAAUUGCUUGAUUUUUGUUAAAAUUCGUGGAAUUCAAAAUGCUUUGACUUUCAUUAAAGAUAACGCAUUUAUUGGAUUACCACGAGUGAAUGACACAAUCUUGAUGGUUAGUCCUACUAGGAUGCAAGAAGUUGUUAAUCAAGCGACCGAUAAAUUAAUUGGACCAGAAGACGAUAAUUCUAACGGUGGAGAAAUUGGUAAAUUAUUUGACAAAUAUGAAACGACUCUACGUGCCGAACUUCCACUUUUUUGGAUAUUGAUAGCCGCCUGGGGAAUUGUCGUAUUCAUGGGCUUGAUUCGUGUUUUAUGGUUUAUAAUACGUGAGAAAAGAAACAAUGAUAAAAAUUCUUUCGAUAAUGAUAUUAAUAAUCACCAAUCAAGAGAAAAUGAUAGCAUAAACCUGUCAAAUAUGCAACAAAAAACGAAUUCACCCAACCCUCGAUUUUCAAUGUUAUCCUUGAAUCGUAAUCGUAUUGCUAUCGAGGAACAACCACAAUCAGAAAAUAGAAGUAGCACUGGUUUAAACUUGGAAUCAUAUCCAGUCACCAGAUCUAUCCAACCAACCACAAAACAUAAUCUUUCUGAACAACAAAAAAUCUCAAAAGCAAAGAUAAACGAAGAGAAAUCAACUAUUAGACCACCUCUACCUCCAAAACCAAUCAAAGCAUUGUCAAAAGAUUUCUUGAAUAAUGAAAAGGACAAUGACAAUGACCACAAUAGGCUGCCUCCCCCAUUAAAGCCAAAGCCAAAAAGACUGAUCUUAAACAGCAAUACUUCAUCUUUCACGGACGUAAAUAUUAAUGAAGACAAAAGACCAGAUUCAUCAUCUGAAUAUAUGCUUAAUAACAGUGAUUAUCAGUUUCCAAAACUGCUGGAAAGCAAGCAUCACACCGGAGAAUAUUUAAAAAAGGAUCCGUUUAACAGCCCUUUUGAUGAUUAG